CAUGCUGGGAAAUGAGCUGGGCAUGGCGUAUAUUGUCUUGGACAGCGAUUGUGACCCAAUUUGUACAAAAUGCUACUGCGGAGAAGAACUCUUCGGAUGCUGGGAGUACUUCCGCUGGUAGUGCCGGAAGUGCCGUGAACACAAGUUGGCAUCACAAUGGUGUAGGAAGUGGCGUAAGCUCAAGUUGGGGCGGAACCGUGAGUACAAGUUGGCGCUUCAACGACAAGUGUUUACCAAAUGGGUGGAAUGCCAGUGACCGCAAGUGGUUGACCACCACGGCGGAUGUGCUUCCCAUUGGAGUAUGGAAUAUGCUCAGGGAGAGUGAUGAAGUGGAUGCAGCUACGGCCAUUUUCAUGAUUUUGGUGCAAGAUGUCCUUGGUUACAACGCUGAAGUCGUCCUUGAAGAUGUGGGAAGUUCAGCUCCAAGAGAUGCCCUAUAUGCAUUGAGUGGUUGCGAAUGGAUCUGGGAUAAUCAAAGUACAGAAGGUACAAAUGCCCUGCAAGAUGACUGGAAGUGUCUUGACCAAGUGACCCAUGUGCAUGUGGUACUUGGCAUCACCUUGGAGACGCAGGGAUUGCAGCGACAUUUUGAUUUUUUGCAAAGAGAACGCAUCGGAGGCCUAUUGGAAGAUUUAGGAAGUUUGGGAUAUCAGAUCCGCUCAGGAAUUUACGUGAAAGGUUCUACAGCUGCCAAGGCUUCCUUGGAUCGGGUCUUUUUGGACGAUUACAGGACUUACAAUGCGUCCCAACAGUUUCUUCCCAUGUCUAAUCUACAACAAUAUUUUUCUGAGAUCUCUGAGGUUACAACUGAGUCAGGAACAAAACUCAUUCCCUGUGACGAAUGGAAAUUUGCCGAUACCGAGUUGGAUCUUUUUGUUCUUUCCACUGUGGAUGCUGACCUGGGUUUGUCGAUGGUCAACGGGCAAAUUGUGGUGCAGUGUUCCUCUUUCCGUGGCUCCAGGGGCUCCAAUUACUGGUGGCGAUUUGGACCAUGUAAGCAGAACACGAGUAGAUGCAUCCCCUUCAUCACACAACGCAGCAAUGGUCUUGCAAACAAGGCCUUCGCCCUGAUGUACACAGCUUUCCAGUUGAACUGGCCCAUCGCCCUUGGAUUGGCAGAUGGUUAUUGGAUUGGCUCCGACUUUCAAGAGUUGGUGAGCAUGUAUGAUGUCCUCUACUUCUAUUGGGAGCCAGCUGUCACGUUCUACGAGGAAAAUGCUGUUAUGGUUUUGCCCAUGGGAGAUGGCACCAGUGUUGAACCACGAACCGUUGUGAGCACAGAUUUGCAACGCUUGGCUCCCGAUGUUCGGUUGCUGUUGAGCAACAUGCGAUUCAGCUUGGAAGACAUCCAUGAAAUGAUGUCGUAUGGAUCUCAGCCAAUUGGACCCGAGAUAAACCCUUCAGAAGGUGAUCUUGAGAAUGCUACAGCCACCGCGCUAGUCGCAAGUCCGAGUCAGUGGAUUUCAGGAGAUGUAUUCGAAGGAGCAUGCCACUGGAUUCAGAGCAAUCCGACACGAUGGAUAGAAUGGAUCCCUGCGCGGGCCAGUUGCUUGCCUGGGCAAGGUCUCUAUCAAGCCUCGUCCUCCGAAUGGCUGAACGACAUCGAAGCUGCAGAUGCGUCCAUCGAGUGCCGCGCCUGUCCACCUGGACGUUUCUCCUUUCAGAUCUCCGACACUGCCAUUUGUCGUCCUUGUGACGUUGGACAAAUCCAGCCGUCCUAUUCUUCAGAAGCUUGUCAGCAAUGCCCCCCAGGGAGCUAUGCUGGAUCUGGAGAGUCGAGCUGUACCAAGUGUCCACAAGGCGAGUAUCAAGAUCUUUCAGGUGCCUCAUCCUGUAAGAAAUGUGCUCCAGGCCAAACGACGCUUCAGGGUUCCCGAGACAUCAAGGACUGUGUGUGUGAAGCUGGCACCGUAGCUGCCAUAGCAAACUCAACAGGCAAUCUUCGGACCACAAACGGCUCAAUAGAUGCUGGCAUAGAAGCGACAAAAUGUUUGAACUGCUCUGCUGGCCUUUUAUGUGAGAAUGACGUAGCUCUGCAACUGAAGGGCUUCUGGGCUGUUUGGGGAGAGAGCUCAGAUUUUCUCUCCGUCUUCCAGUGCCGCGACGCCUUGCAAUGCCCUGGUGGGGCCGUGGGAGCAUGUGCCACUGGCCGAGAGGGUCGUGCAUGCGGCAGCUGUAUCACCGGCUUUGCAGCCCAAUUUGAUGGGACAUGUGCCAAGUGUGGAGGACAGUCAUUGUGGCCCAUUAUUGUGAUGCUUCUGGUCGUCGUCGGAGCUUUGCCGUUGGCUUUAGCGGCUGGCAUUUUCAUGACGAGAGCACGACGAGCUGCCCUAAGCAUUUUUAUGGUGAGCAUCAUCUUCGGACAAGUUGUCGUUUGUUUGCAAGCUUUGGAUGCCAUCUAUCAGAUGGACAUCACAUGGCUCGACCCUGCCAAAGCCAUUCUUCAAUCCUUAGCAAUUUUUAGUUUCGAUUUGGAUUUUUCCUGUGUUCUACCACCUCAAGACUUUGUGUUGGAAUAUGUGGUUCAGCUCGCAGCCUAUCCAGUGGUGGUUCUGGUCACGCUUUUGAUUUGGUUGUCAAUGCGUUGGUCCCGCACACCCGUGAGCUUCACUGCUUUUGUGAACGUGCAUGGGCUUCUACUUGUUGCCUUGUUGACAGCCAUGACACUCGCCAUUGUUCGGCCCUUGCAAUGCAGGAACAACCCCAACCGGCUCUUCACAAUUGCUUCGAGACCAAACAUCAUAUGUUGGAAAAGUCAAGAGCACCAGACGUUAGUGGUUCUUGCUGCAGCUGGACUAGUAGCGUAUCCAGUGACAAUUCUCGCAGCAAUCACCUACCUCACAAGAAAAUAUCCCAUCUGGCUACGCUCAGGAGGUGGAAUUGAGGUGAUGGAACAAUACAGAUUUCUUUUUGCUCGCUUCCGUCCUGAACGAUACUAUUAUGGACUCAUACUUUGUACACACAAUCUCACCGUCGGAAUUAUUCCCGCUGCAUUGGUGUCUUUUCCUGCAUUGCAAGUUGGAAUCAUGGGCAUUGUGAUCUGUUUGAAACUCAUUGUUCAAAUUCUAUUGUGGCCAUGGAGACUUGACAUUGCAAAUUACAACGACUUGGCCUUAUCUGCAGGUUUGUUGAUUUUGCUUCUCUUGGCAUCGCCUUUGUUGAACAUCGAUCGAGCAGAAACAUUGACAUUUGUGGCAAUUUUGGUGUCGAUUGUGAUGAUUGUCUUACCUGUGGUGGCCAUGUUUGCAGCCCUUGCCGUGGUGAUGGCAAGACUUCGACCACAAAGCAAAUAUGCAGCGUUUCUGUGUCAUCAUAAAGCAGGAGCUGGUGCCCUGUGUCGUUUCUUCAAGUUGGUUGCAAAGAAAUAUGUGAAGAUGAACAUUUUCUUGGAUUCAGAUGAACUUGAUGACCUUGCCCGGAUUUUCGAUGUGGUGCGUGCAGACACCAAGUGCCUUGUGGUCGUUCUGACGGCCGAACUGCUGAAUAGAAUGUGGUGCGCUCUGGAAAUAGCUUCUGCCCACAAGUACCAGGUGCCUAUAAUCCCGCUGUACUGCGACGACUACGCGUUUCCUGACCACGACAGCAUCGAUGUCAUCGAGUCCGUGUGGACCGAAGAGCAGCGCUCCACCUUGAUCUCUUUCGGCACCUCCAUGGACGACAUCAAGGCGGCGUAUAAGCAUGUUCGCAAGUUGAAGAGCUUUGCGUUGUGUCGUUCUUGGCCGUUGGAAGAACAGGAGGAGAAGAUCCUGCAAAUCAUUGCUGAAUCUUCAUGUUGUUCACCUGGCCUCCUUGGACAGAAGCUUCCAAGUUCUGCGGGUUCCGGGGGAGCACGAAUUUCUCGGAUUUUGGUGUGUGUUCUUCAGGUACCAGAAGCUGUUUCGACUGGAUUGAUCCUACAGCAGAUGGUGCAGCUAUAUCUCCGGAGGUCUACUUACAGUUUGCGAAGCGUGGAGGAUGUUUACGCAGCCACAAAAGCCUCCUGCGUUUUGGUCCUGUUGACCAAAGGUGUUCUCAACGAUGCCUUCUUCGCACGCUGUUUGCUUGCUUGCAGACAGAGUGCUAUAGAAUUUGUCCCCGUGAAUGAUGGCAGCUUCCAGUUUCCACUGCCCGAGUUCAUCACUGAGGUGGAGAAUGGAAUGCACGAGGUUUUUUCGAAUGUCAGCCCGAACAUGGGACCUUUGUUGGCCAAGACAUAUCAGGCCUUGCUGAGCAUUUUGGCUUUGCCGCUGACGCCGCAUGGCUCCAGUGGAAUCUUGGAAAGGCAAGUAUCCCAGAUCUGCCAGCGAUUCAGAAGUUUGGAACCGAGGAGAAAGGCACUGAAUGAAAUGGACCCCGUCGAUUCUCACGUUUUUGCAGAAGUUUCUGCAGAAGUUGUUCCACGUUCCAAUACUUCAAAGAAAGAAGAAUGCCAAGGUCAUAGUGAGGCUGGAAGCAUCAACAGCGAUGAUCUAUGGCACACGUGAAACAUGUCUGAGACAUGUUUGGUGCCAUCUUGCUACCUUUACUUGCGUAGCAUUCUCUUAAGCGAAAAAACAUGGUCUGCAAAGCAGACGUGAGCGGAUUUUACAUACACUCAUCAUUGCCGCAUCUUGCUUGAACCUUUUUGGGCGGAAAAUGAA